GUAGUGAAAACCUGAGGCGAUCCUGUUUAUCAUUAGCUAAGAUCCUACGUUUUCUGGAUCCGCUCUUAGAAAUAAUCACUCACUUCUCGGGACAUUUGUUGAUUAUUGAUUUUGACAUAAAAACUUUCAAUAUGGUGACCUUAGUAAAAGAAAUCCCUAUAAAUGAAGUGGAAGUUUUUCCUUCCAAGAACUAUAUUCCUGGUGGUCCUAAAAAGAAACAAGGAAUUAUGCAGACUUCGGAACCUCUGAAGUGUGAAAUAUGUAGUAAGCUGUUUAUUUCAACCAGUUUCCUGAUGUGUCACAAAAAGAUUUAUCACAGAGGUUCCAAAGAUAAUGAAGAGUUGAGUGGAGAAGAAACUGAUGAACUGUUUGAGAUAUCAUCCAGCAAUAAACUGUUGUUUAAUGCAAAAGAAUUAAACGGAGAAAAUAUGUCAGAGACGGAUGAUGAGAGUCAGUUAUAUAAUUACACUAGUAGUGAAGACGACAACAGUAAAGAUUCUAUAAGUCAUUUAGAAAAAAGGACGAAGCCCCAGCCUUGGGAGAAUAGUAAUGAAAAUCAAGUUAUUCAGCACGUAAAUACUUUAUGUGAGCCAGGAGAGAUGGAUGAAGAAACUGACAACAUCUUGGAUGAACAACCAGUAACUGAUGUUGAAAUGCACAAGUGUGAGCUUUGUAAGAGGUUGUUUAUUUCAGAGGAGUGCUUAAAACACCACAGAAGACAGCACGGUAAUAGUGAAAGUUCUCAGGAACACAGGUGUUCCCAUUGUGGUUUUAAUACUAGCAUAUUCUCCGAGUUUUUAUCUCAUCUUUCUGUUCAUCAGGAUAACCAAGUAGAUGAAAGACCCUUCAAAUGUUUGGAGUGUGGCAAAGGUUUUAAAACAGAUGUUCAUCACCGCCAACACCAACAAACUCAUGCCAAGAUCCAGCCACUUAUAUGUAGUAUUUGUGGAAGUAUGUUCAGAAAAGACUCGAGCCUGGCCAAUCAUAUGAAAUCUCACGAAACAAGAAUUCCCACUGUGCAUUCGGGUAAAAAUGUUAAGCUUAAUAAGCAAGAAUUGGUUGUUAGGAGAAUAAACAAUGCUGGAGAUAAACGUUAUCAUUGCUCCAUUUGUGAUAAAGGAUUUGCUUGCACAAAUAAUCUCAUGAAACACUACAUAGCAGUGCACGAUCCUGAUAACCCAAACAUUCCAACCACAUCUUCUGCAGUGGAAAAGCAGAAACACGAAGAUAAAAGCAAUUUCUCGGUUUCUGCGGAUGCUUACCCCUGUGAUAAAUGUGGUAGACUGUUUACAUCCGUGAAAAUGUUGGAAGGUCAUAAGAAAAUACAUCGAAAUGAGACAGAAAAUCGGCGCUUUCGGUGCCCUCAUUGUAAGUAUUCUACAAAUAGGGCAACAGAUCUUCGUAACCAUGUAGCAAUUCACACAAAUGAACGGCCAUAUCAGUGCAGCUAUUGUGGAAAGGGGUUCACAGAGAGGAGUAGCUUACGUAAUCAUACGUUUAUACACACGGGAGAAAAACCUUACGUUUGUGAAGUGUGUGGCAAAAGGUUUACACAACGUGCACACAUCAACAUUCACAUGAGGAUCCACAACAAGGAGAAGCCCUACCGCUGCCCGUACUGUGAGAAAACAUUUGCUUAUCAUAAUGUUUUAACCCGUCAUCAGAGAACACAUACAGGGGAAAGACCAUAUAAAUGCUCUCACUGUGAUGAAAGUUUCAAAAGUAGCGGCGCACUUCGAAGCCAUGAGAUUGCUAGACAUACCCAUGAAUACCCGUUAGAGUGCACCGAGUGUGGAAAAGGAUUCAUUCAGUUUGGAAGUAUGCAGGUUCAUCUGAGGAAUGUUCAUAAUAUAGCAAUUUACAAGCUCAAAGAAAACCAGAACUGAUUUAAAUUUUUUUUUUAGUUCUUUAUUUAUUUGUAAAGUCCUAAAAUAAUACCCCCUUAUUUAACUUACAAACAGUGUGUUUAAUUCAGAUUUUUAUACAUGUGCAGUGCCAGCUUAUCGAUUUUGUAAUUUGACUGUUCAACUAAAAACUGUUGUUAUUGAGCCUAACAUACUGAUGAUGUUAGAAAAGAUGUAACCUGAGGAACAUUAAGGCUCUGCAUUAUUUCCAGUAUUAACAUACAACCACAGAACAAGCAAAAGCUUAGCUUCUGACAUUUUCAGUAAUACACACUCGUAAUCAUGUAUGAAAUGAUUGAAUGCUUAUUUAGCACCAACCCAACAGGCUGAAUCUUUAAGUUACUGAACAUGUGACGCAUGAUUGUCAAAACUAAAGAUGUUUUCAAUGUCUUGUGAGACUUGCUAGUUGAUAGCCCUGGCUGUUGACUUGAAACUGUUAAAAUGUGUUUUAAAAUAAUACUUUAACUUUAUUGUUAUAAGUAAAAUAACAUAAAAUUUGAAACUGUUCAAUACAUUGACUCAAUUUCAUUUGUAUGCUUAUUUAAGUUUUAUGUUUCAUACUCUUUCAAUCUUCUAAAUAGAUUUUUGGCGAGUCAUAAAAGUAUUUUUAAUGAGUAAUUGAAAAUUACACCUUUUAAGUUUUCGUGAAAAUAAUGGAUAUGUAUUAUUCAGUGUAAAAAAUAUUAUAUUUGAUACUUAUUAACUUUGGUUUUCUUUUAACAGAGGAAUGAGUUGACUGAAAAUAUUAUUCCAAAUUUUUAUUCAAAUAUUUUUGGGUGCAAAAGCUGUCAUGUUAAUAACAUGUUUUAUGGAAAUUAUGCUGUGUCAACUCUAUGUUUUCAUCCUUUUGUUGGUUAGUUGAAGUAUAGUUCCAACGUUUGUUUUUUGUGAAAACUAUAGUGAGUAUAGAAGCAUUCAGGAAAUUCGAGUAUAUUAAAGUAUAGAAAUAUAAAUAUCAGAUAUUAAUUUUAGAAUUGUAAACAGCCGAUUAUAUAUUGACUGCAUAAGGUAAAAUAUGCUUUUAAUUAAUAUAUCCUUUUUAUGUGAUUUUGCUUAACUUAACGACAGCUUUUCAUGACCAGUUGAAAAUAGAAUGUUAAUAAUGUUUUACAUACUUGAUUUUAAAGUUUAGCAGUUACAGAAAUUUGUAUUGAUAGUAACUUAAACAUGAAUUUACAUGCAACUUUUUAUACUUAGUUUUCAAUAAGUAUUCCAAGAAAUGGGGGAAAACAUUUUAAAAGAACCUCCUAUUUUAAAUGUGAAGAUGUUUGUAUUUGUUUCUAUACUUGCACUGCAUCUAAUGAGCAUCUUUGCGAAUUGUUUACAAGAAAACACAUUUCUCAUUUAACUCAGACUAAGCUCUUUCAUAUAACAAUGCCCGAGAUUUGUAAAAGAACAACAACAGAAUGUAGUUGACAUUAUUAAUAAUAAAAGUACUACGUGAAUCUGUUGUUUGAUUUUAACUGCUCACUGAUGGUAGUAAUGUGUAACUUGGGUGUUUUAAAUUUGGUAAUAUACGGUAUCUGAAAACUUUCGAACCAUCGUACUUUAACAAAUUUUACAUAACGUGUUCCACCUACUGUCCUCGUAAUUUGAAACAAGUUUGGAUUAACUUGACCUUCCCAUGCUUGAACAGUGCUAUAAUCAGUCACGUAUCUGAGAUUAAGAAAAGCUGUAAACCACCUGUGGUUCCAGACUUUUCAGACCUGUGUAUGUACAGUUUCAUACAUACUUCUUAAUAGACUAAACUUGUUACAAAAGUUCACCAAAUUAAAUAGCAUAAGGUUUAUCUACAUUUCCUUGGAUACUAAUAUUGUGUUUAAAAAAUUUUUAACAUUUAUCUGUACUGUUAUUUAUUUCUAUUUCUUGUUCAUGCAUAACAAAUAAUUAAGUUGAACUUAGGUAUGGAUGUAUUUAAAUAAGUCAUAAGAACAGUGAAUCAGUCAAUAUAAGAUGUAUUUCAUAUUUUCUUUUUAAAAAAUAGUAAAAUUGAUAUGUUCGUGUAAGCUAUAUGAUCCUUUUCUGACAAGUACAAUAUACGUUUCAUUGUAUGUAAAUAUAUACAAGUUAAUUAACUUGCAAAAAAUUGGAGUAUUGAGCUUGAAAGUAACAAGCUAAGGUAUCUUUCUCUCUUCUCUGUAAGUAUACUGAUGAAUGUAUUGGAAAUAGCCAAAUAAAACAGUUCCAAUCCUUCAUCACUACCAAGGAAUGUAAUAAAAAAUCUACCAGCUGUCUUCAACCUAAUUGUUACACAAUCAAGUCAAAUAUAAAUUACGUAAUUUCACUUUUGAUGCAUUUCAGGUUCUAAAUAAAUAUCUAUGUUUUUGAAAUGAAUUACAGAAUGCAUACACCAGCAUAUUCAGUGCUAAAUGUUCCUUACGUGAUUUUUUGUUUAUCAGUUUUUGUAAAUACAGUUUUCCAAGUGUUCCGAUUAGUAUCGUGAAUUGGUUAGAAAGUAAAAUUAUGCUAAAAUUUGCAAUAAAGAUCAAUUUUGUUAUAUUUUUAUUUUACGUGUUGUAUGAAACAAAAACGUUAAUUUGUAAUCAUUUUAAUUCUAAACAAUUAGUGUCAGAAAUGUAUCUAAGAUAAUUGAAUAUAAAAAUGUUUAGAACACUAACGAUCUAAUGUUGAAGAGCCUUGAAAACACGGUUGAUAGGGUACUAAACUUUUCAACCACAUUGUUUGUUUUAUAUAUUACAUUAUAAUCAACUAGUGUAAUUCCACUUAAAAAAGGGUGCAUUUGAUUGUUCUGUUUGGUUGUUUUCCAUUUUAUACUUUAUUAACAUGCUUUAAUGAUCAUAGGGUUUCUGUUUUUCUGUCUAAAACAAAAGAUAUGUACACUUCUCUUUUGACUGUAACCUGAAAAACACCAACUAUAUAUGAAUUUAUAAACUAAUUUUUACAAGCUGCAAAUUUAUGUCCAAGUUUAUCUCAAAAUCACUAGUGUAAAACCUCGAGCAGUUGGGUACAAUUUAGCAACAAAAGUGUGACAGAAACCUAGUGUACUAUACCUUUCUUAAGAUAUUACACUAAUAACAUAAUUACUGUCCAGUAUGUAUGUGCAUUUUGAAUUAGGAAUUGUUAAAUUGAAUUUUUAAGUAAUUUUAGUACAGUAUUGUUUUUAUAUGGAACUUUGUAAUAACAACUACAAACUUUUCAAUACGUAUUAGAUAAAACUACAUGUUUUGAAACAAUUAUAGAAUAUAUACAGUUGUUCUUUAUGAUUUUUGUAUUUAAUU